AUGUGUGGAUGCAGGGAGGUGAUGCACGCGAUGUGGCGGCCGCAGAAGUUCAAGGGGAUCUACCUGAUGGCGACGGCGUACGUGCUGACGCUGACGCUGCCGUCGGCGGCGAGCGUGUACUGGGCGUUCGGGGACGAGCUGCUCACGCACUCCAACGCGCUCUCGCUGCUGCCGCGCACGCCGUUCCGGGACGCCGCCGUGGUGCUCAUGCUCGUCCACCAGUUCAUCACCUUCGGCUUCGCCUGCACGCCGCUCUACUUCGUCUGGGAGAAGCUCAUCGGCCUCCACGACUGCCGCAGCCUCUGCAAGCGCGCCGCCGCGCGCCUCCCCGUCGUCGUGCCCAUCUGGUUCCUCGCCAUCGUCUUCCCCUUCUUCGGGCCCAUCAACUCCGCCGUCGGCUCCCUCCUCGUCAGCUUCACCGUCUACAUCAUCCCGGCGCUCGCGCACAUGAUCACCUACCGCUCCGCACACUGCUAG